AUGAAGAUGGUAAAACCUUAUUAUCCCACAGAAUUAAAAAAUUAUUCAAAGAAAAUGCUAGACGGGUGGUACUGCCGGUCUAUAGCAAACAUGCAGGCCAACGAAGCCGGCGUUAGCAAUAAUGUAUCUACGGAGCCCCCCCAGAGUCACGGAUCACCAAAGGAUUAUUCUAGUGACAGUAGCAGCGACCCUGAACCAGAGCCUAAUUACAGGGCUCAGUACCUGACUCUGAAAAAAAAACUCAAGUACCUGAUAUAUGAAAACGAAUGUUUUCAAGAUGCACUUAGAUGCAGUCAAAAGAGAUUGCUGAAGGUGUCCAGAGAUCGCAGUUUUCUCUUAGAUAGGUUACUGCAAUAUGAAAAACUUGAAAGCACAACAUCGGAAAGUGAAGACACUGAAUCGUCAGAUGAUCCAGAAUACUAUCGCACUGAUGUUAAGAGAAAGAAAAUGGAACCUGGUACAGCAAAUCAAAAUAUUUCAACAACUUCUUCAGUCAAAGGCUCAAAUGCAGUAAAACGAAAGAGGGCUAUAGUUCCUAAGAAGCCACCAAACACCAGCCAUCUUCAUCAAACACCUGGUUCAAUGCUGUCCAAAGUUUCACCAGCACUAGGAUUUGGUUUGUCAGCUGGUGAUGGUCAUAUGACACCUGAGGAAGUCGAGCGCCAUCUACAGUCUCGUCAAUCGUAUAUGGAACUGUUGCCUGAGCGAGCUCCGCCAACUGUGCCUACUGAAAUGUUCAGCAAUGAUCCGUCACUUGACAGUGAGUCCAAUGACGUAUUGGAAAACUCUCCGAAUGUGGAAGAAUGGUUCGAUUAG